CUACAAGGCAGCAGCUGUUUGAUUUUGGAGUUGUCUAUCCUAGAAGAGUGGCUGUCCCCAGCUAACGAGCCUCAUCUACCCGAUGGUUCGAACUCGAGACUUUUCGAUAACUUUCUCCCGUUUUAAUUGUGGAACUUAGCAUAUCAACUGUCAACACUAACAUGAAAAGUGACUUGAGCCCGACAUGUACUCCACGGAGGACUAUAGCCUUCAUCACAGUGGUCGGGCUGUUCGUGGGGUUGGGGUUGCUGUUAAUGAAGACCUCGCACGGCAACUCCUCAUGGAAUCAGCUGUUCACACAGGAAAAACAGACGCAGGAAAAACUGGAAGAGUCCAUUGCCGAUGUCAAACAAUUGGUCGACUCUAAGUUAGAUACCUUGCUAAAAUACAUCGAAGAAUGCAACGCCAACAUCGACAGCGACUCCAAACAACUGAUGGAAUCGUUAAAAGAAUCAUCAAUGAAAACGUUAAACGAUUUUCAGAUGAAAAUUGAUGAAAUGAAAACGAACCCAAACCCAUGUGUGAAAGACGUUCAGAUGGAUGAAGUGGAUGAUAGUGGAGCUUUAGAGUACCUGGAGGAUUUUAACACUCGAUUUGGUGGCAACGCCCCGCUGACCGCUGACCCUGCCGACGUCACAACAAUCAAAACAUGGUGGGAGGCGGCGGCCAUGAUGGCCUCGUACAUGAACCCACCUCUGAGAUACCAAUGUAAAAAUCUGAUUAAGUUCGGUAACUGGCCAGUUUGUCAGGAUGAGCCUUACGUGGUUAAAGCCCCUUGUCUGGUGUUUUCUUUUGGGAUUAAUUACGGCUUUAAGUUCGAUGAUGCGAUAGGCGCACUAGGUUGUAACGUCAGCUCGUUUGACCCCAGCAUGAGAAACGAGACCCACGUACGGAGCCCGCAGGUGACCUUCUACAACAUGGGACUAGGCAGUGUCAACACCAACGGGUUCAGCCCCAACAUGGACAGAUAUGUAAGAAGCCCACAGACCUGGCAGAUCCGAACCUUGAAAGGUUUUACAAAAGACCUGGGGCUAGAGAACCGUGUGAUAGACGUCUUGAAAUUUGACAUCGAAUCCUACGAGUGGCAAGUCUUAGAUAACAUCAUAGAGACGGACAUGUUAAAGUACGUGCGUCAUUUGUUAAUCGAGUACCACUUGUUUCCAUCUAGACCUGCUAAGGAGGAUUAUGUCUUGUAUUACAAGAUGAUGAGGCACCUCAGGAGGCUGGGCUUCAAGGAGUACUUAUUUGAGACGACAGAAUCACUGGACAGCGCAGAAACGUUUAGAUAUCAGAGUCAUGUUAUGUACGUUAAUACCAAGUUUGUAUGGGAUUAAGUGGUUGGCUAGGCGUGGGUGUUUCUCAAUGUGUGGGUGAUAGGCAAGAUAUGGAUGGUUGGUCAAGUAAAAGGGAGUGUAUGGCAAGAGGGUGGUUGACCACAAUAUGUAAAAGGUGACAUUGUGGUUGGUCAUAUUUGAAUGGUGAUCAGGUUGUUGAUAAGGUAUGAAUAAAAGAAUGAGUGGUUCGGUACAUGUUGAUGGUCACUAAAUGGUGUGGAUGUUGGAAAAGUUCUUGGCUAGGUGUGUAUGGUGAGUAAAUGGUUGGUCGAGGUGUGGAUGGUAAGGAGGUGGUUGGUCAGGUGUGGAUGGUAAAGAGGUGGUUGGUCGAGUUGAGGAUGGUAGUUGCGGGUAUGGCCGACGUGUGGAUCUUGUCUAUGUGGUUGGUGAUUAAGGAAAUGUGAUUUGCAACCUUCUUCUUUUGAUGUUGGGACUGAUAAUAUGUUUUAUAGGUACUUUUUUUGUACCUCCAAGGCAAAUUUUCUUUCCCUUUUUAUAACAUGUCAUAUUUUUAGAAAGCUAAACAAUUGAGUUCUCACUGAACGGAUUCAUUUGAUAGUGUGUUAUCUGGUUGAGGUUUAAAAGCUAGUGUGUCAUUAUGUACUUUUUUCUAUGUCAACGUCUACUUUUUUUCACUUUUGUGUUAUGCACAUUCAAUGAAUCAAUUGUUAGCUUACAGUAACAAAUGCUAACACACUACACAUACACACCCAUACACAACAAAACCAUAACCUAUACAAACACAUAUUAUGUUAAUUUAAAAUGCUUUUUUCUAUUUGACGGUU